AUGCCCAAGUCCAAGCGCGCGCGCGUGGUGUCGCUCACGAAGACGAAGAAGAAGGACCGCGAGUGGAAGUCCUCAAUCAUCGACCGCGCGCGAGACGCCCUGGAGCUUCGAGCGUCGGCGUACGUGUUCAAGUACACGUGCAUGCGAAACGGGACGUUUAAGGAGAUGCGACAGGCGUGCGAGGAGACGACGACGUUCUUCGUCGGCUCGAACGCGGUGUUGCGAGUGGCGCUCGGGAAGGACUCGGAGAGCGAGAGCAAGGAGAACGCGAGCGAGUUAGGAAAACGCGUGCGAGGGGACUGUGGGGUGAUGUUCACGGAUUUGAGUAAGGAGGAUGUUGAAGCGACGUUUGAUCGGUUCGCGGUGUCGGAUUACGCGCGGACGGGACAGGUGGCGGGAGAGACGGUGACGGUGCCGGCUGGACCGGUGCGUGGCCCGAGCGGGGCGCUCAUGGAGCACACGCUCGAGCCAACGCUGCGAAAGAACGGUAUGCCGACGCGACUGAAUCGAGGAGUGAUCGAACUCGAGGCCGAUCACGUUUUGUGUAGGCAAGGGCAGCACAUCUCUCCGCAAGGGGCGAUUUUACUCAAGAUGUUUGGCCAUGAGUUGGCAGAGUUCCGCUGUCGCCUUGUCGCGGGUCUCGUCGACGGCAAGGUCGAGGUGUAUGAGGAAGAAGACGAGGAAGACGAGGAUGAUGAGCCGAUGGAUCGAUUCGCUCACGACGGCAUCACGGAUUCGAUGAUGCUUCCUCCAGGAAUAAAGUGA